AUGCUCAACACACUCACCAUCCGUGCUCUCCUCCUGUGCGUCACCACCACGGCGUUUCCCACCGCUGCGUACUUCGAAGGCGACGGCACCACCUACACACUCGGUGGAGUGAGCAGCGGCAACUGCAAUUUGAUGUCUUGGAACAGCAUUGCGGCUACGAAUUAUGCGGCACUGAACAACGAACAGUGGAAUAACUUGGGAAAUUGCGGUCGCUGUGCUCAAGUUUCGUGCAUUGACGAAGCAUGCGAAGAUCAGACAGCGACUGCCAUCGUCCAGAUCGUAGAUCGCUGUCCUGAAUGCAAAUACGGGGACUUGGAUCUAUCGCCGUCAGUGUUCAGGACUAUCACAGGUUCGGAUCCGAGCCGUCUAUCGAUCCGAUGGCAGUUUGUAGACUGUCCAAACCCAGAGACCCUGAAGAUCUGCCUCAAGACCGGUAGUAAUGGUUUCUGGAUCGCUGUACAACCAACAAAUGCUGUAAUAGGAGUCAAGAGCGUCAGUAUCAAUGGCAACACUGCGUCGAUGAUUAGCGGUGCAUACUACUACCUCAUCACUAGCUCAUCAGAGGUUGAUCUCACCGCUGUAGAGGUUUCAGUCACCUCCAUGGAUGGUCAAGUUAUUGAGGGGAUGUACUCGUUAUCUGCAGGUCAAUGCACCGACACCAACCUCCAAUUCGAAACAACAUCAGCAACACCCGCAACUACAAAUCCAACCACUGCUCCCUCAACGAGCGCCCCAACGGUAGUGCCUACUACGACCGCCCCACCAACAAUUGAGACCACAGCCCCAACAACCACGGCACCACCGGCGACAACUGCCCCAAUCAAGUGCUAUAUGCGCCGAAGUCGUCACUGA